GAGGCGGGAGGCGGCUCGUUGUGUUUAAAAUAGCAGCAAACAGUAGGUUGUCCACUACACACUUUACAUUCAACAAUCAGAUAUACGAACAAAUCAACGGAACACCCAUGGGAUCACCAAUCGCGGGACUCAUAGCAGAGGCAGUUAUGCAAAGGUUAGAACAAACAGCCCUACCACAAAUUCAACCCAAAGUCUGGGUCAGAUAUGUCGAUGACACUUUCGUAAUCAUCAAAAACACGGAAAUAGAAAAAACACACUGGAUCAUCAACGCCACACUCUCAGGCAUCCGAUUCACGAGAGAAGUAGAAAAGGAUAGCCAACUCCCAUUACUAGACGUGAUAGUACAGAGAACACCAAACGGAGAAUUCACCACAAGGGUACACAGGAAAACAACACACACAGACCAAGUCCUAAACUAUGAAAGUAACCACUCCAACACACACAAACGAAGCUGCAUCAGGACACUAUUCAAAAGAGCGACAACACACUGCAGUACACCAGAACUGCGAAAAGAGGAAGAGGAACACCUAUACAAGGUAUUCGCCAAAAACGGAUACCCGCGCAACUUUAUCAACAGAUGCCUAAGAGAGAGACCACGGAACGAGGACAUGCCACAACCAAAAGGACUAGCCACACUACCAUACAUCAGGAGCGUUUCAGAACUGACAGCCAGACUACUGCGACCCCUAGGACUCAUAACGGCACACAAACCAACAGCCACGCUCAGACAACAACUUACUAGAACAAAGGAGCCAAUACCCAACAUGAGCAAAACUAAUGUAGUUUAUAAAAUACCAUGCAAGGACUGCACAAAACACUAUAUAGGACAAACAGGAAGACAGCUAACAACCCGCAUACAUGAACACCAACUAGCCACGAAACGACACGACCAACUAUCCCUAGUAGCCACACACUCCGACAACAAGCAUAAUGAAUUCGACUGGGAAAACACUACUAUCACAGGGCAAGCCAGACAGAGAACAGCCAGGGAAUUCCUAGAGGCAUGGCAUUCAUCCACAAAUUCCAUCAACAGACACAUCGACCUGGACCCAAUAUACCAAUCACUACAGCGGACAGCUGAAACUGACACCUGGAAGCGGCAAGGACAGACCACUAUAAAUGCCGGAAGAAACAUCAAAGAAGCGCUUUGCAGGAGGCUCCACAGCACUGAUGAGGUCUCCUAGCCAGGGGACGAAACGUUUGCAACAAAAACUUCCAGCUCGGCGAACAGAACCACUACAGUUUGGAAGUGUUGCAGCCAAGUGAUUAAAGGCCUGUUUUUGCAAA